CACGCUCUUUGCUGCUUCUCCCUUCGAUCUGUUCUCGCGGUAGAAUUUGUGCUUUCGUGUUCGAUUGCACUGCACCGUACUGUACCCCUCGUAUCCCCACACUAACUGACACCACCGCAUGACAUAGCAACCAUGGGCAAGCCGCGGGUAAGUGUCACAGCCCUCGACGGCGAUCCCACUUGAGUCACUGACAGGUGUCACAGAUGAUCAUUCUGAUCCGACAUGCUCAAUCGGAAGGGAACAAAAACCGCGAGAUCCAUCAAACUAUCCCGGAUCACCGGGUAAAACUCACCCCGGAAGGACACCGCCAGGCGCUGGAAGCAGGAAGCAAGUUACGCGCCCUCCUCCGACCAGAUGACACGAUACAUUUCUUUACAUCUCCCUAUCGUCGCACCCGUGAAACCACCGAGGGCAUCCUUGAAUCAUUGACAUCGGACUCGCCGUCACCAUCCCCGUUCCCCCGCCACACGAUCAAGGUCUACGAGGAACCCCGGUUGCGAGAGCAGGACUUUGGCAACUUUCAGCCUUGUUCAGCCGAGAUGGAGCGCAUGUGGCUGGAGAGGGCUGAUUAUGGACACUUUUUUUACCGAAUACCCAACGGCGAGUCCGCCGCAGAUGCGUACGACCGUGUGAGUGGGUUUAAUGAAUCCCUUUGGCGCCUGUUUGGAGAGAACGACUUUGCUAGUGUCUGUGUGCUGGUUACGCACGGGCUGAUGACUAGAGUGUUCCUCAUGAAGUGGUACCAUUGGAGCGUGGAGUACUUCGAGGAUCUCCGGAACAUCAACCACUGCGAGUUUGUUAUCAUGAAACUCAACCCGGACAAUGGCAAAUAUGUCCUUCAGAACCAGCUCCGGACAUGGUCUGAUUUGCGCAAGGAGAAAGAGAUGGAGCGGCAGCACGAACGCGCAGCCAAAGGUCUCAGCCCUGCGCAGCCUGCCACGCCAUCGGAGACAACGCCGGUACCGGUGAGACGCAAAUGGGGCGGCUGUCCCGAGGGGUGCAAUCAUGGGAUUCGGAGAGGAAAUUCUUUGCGCGUAUCUCGAGCGAACGGGUCUGAACAGCCCAAGCUUCAUGUUGACACAUCGUCGCCAGUUUCCAGAAAGACAAGCGAAAUUAGUCAGUGCCCGGACAACACCACCACUGGCCACGAUACUUCGCCGAAUACAACUUCGCAAGAAACAGUUACACAUGGAGAACCGCAUAUGAUUGCCGCCCCUGAGCCGGCUCUCGGAGAUCGGUCGAGGGAUGUUCGCCCUUUGGAAAGAACACAUCCCGCGCCGUCGCCCAAGUACGAGUUUCAUGGCACACAGCUGGAACUCGCGGUCUCAAGCGCAAGCUCGGAAACGACACUGCCCAUUCGAACCAGAGCAAUCGCUUUGAACGAGACAACGCAGAUCUCCGACCAUCCGUUCCCUUCGUCGACUCGUUCCAGUCCCAGUCCAAGCUCGAAUGCCGUUCCCCGCCGGCCAGACCUCCGGCAUUUUCACCGCGACAGCGAAGACCACCUUCUCCACCCACCCCGCUCCAACUACGCUUACCUGCACCUUGUAGGCCGUGAUGGCGGGGGCUCUCUGAGCGGAGCGAACAGUUUGGCACCAUCCGAGGACGAGCGGGACGAAAGGCACGAACUCCAGCACGAGUCCUCCCAGUCAGCUCCAGAAGCCCGAUCUCGCUCCGCCUCUACCUCAAACCACCUAUACCCCCAUCAACAACACCAUCAUCAUCACCAUACCCAGCGUCGCGACUCCUCUCGCAAACAGUCCCAGGAUCUCGGCAACGAUGGCGACGACGAAAGCAGUAACCGACAGAGCGAUCGGCCGCGUCGGACCCGCUCUCACAACUACCAUCGCCACCCUCUCCUGUCGACCACCGGAGGUGGUCGACGAGCAAUACAAGCGAAGCGAGUAGCCAAUAUCUUGACUCAACACCAAUUUCUUCAGCCGCAGCAACACCACCGCGGCGACGAACGUGACGAGUAUUUGCCCGAGCAAUGCGCUACAUGUCAAUCAGACCAGUGUCAGCACGUCCACGAAGACACCAGCCACACUUAUGAACCCGAACCCGAAUCCGAGCACGAGCACGACGAGCACAUAGACGAAUCUAACGACCACAUUGUCAUGACCCCUAAAGUCGAAGCCGAUGACUUAGAAGCCCAACGCCGCGAAGACCAAAGCAUUAGAGGAAGCGUCUACUAAUAUUUUUCUUUCUUUGCUAUUCGGUCCAAGACCUCUUGAUCUUAGCAUUCACCGUCAGAUUUCCCUGUCUAAAUUGAUCGACAAAUGAUCGUAUACAUGCAUACUUAUACACCUCUUAUUCUUUUUCAAUGAAGCGUGCCGAAGAGACUGCACUACAUCCUAAAGCAGGAAAGACUGUAUUCAAAAUCACGAAGCACUAGCGUGG